AUGAAACCGCAGCUCGUAGCCUUGGUGGCUCUGGCGCAGGCCGUCGUCGGGCUCUCGGCGUACGACUACAACAACCCUGGCGCGCAGGUACGCUUCUGGGUGAACAACGACGACGAGGAUAUCAGCGACGGCGUCGUGACCCAGAUGCCGUUUCUGACGGGUGCCGGAUUCGCCACACUGCCAAUCACAGACUGCUUCAGUGACGAUACUUCAGAAACAUCGCGCUACGACAUUGCGAUUCUCGGUGCGCCGCACGACACGACAACAACCGGCCGUCCUGGCGCCCGGUUUGGGCCUCCUGCCAUUCGGUUGGGUAGCAACCAAAAGACGUAUGGACUCAGUGUAUACACUAAACGCGAUGCGAUGAAGGAUUGGGCCACGAUUGUCGACUGCGGCGAUGCAAAGAUGACGUGGUUGGACAACCGCUUUGCGCUCAAGACGCUGGAAAAGGCGCACAAAAAAGUUUCGGGCCGGCCGGCCAAGAGCAGCAACACGUCGAGCGUCCCGAGAAUCAUUACUCUGGGCGGCGACCACACGACGACGCUAGCUGCGCUCCGUGCGACGGAGAAGCACUGGGGUCCCGUGUCCGUCAUUCACUUUGACAGUCACGUCGAUACCUGGGAUCCCAAGCAGCUCGGCGGCGGAAUCUCCGACUACGCCAGAGCCUUGAACCACGGGACAUUCCUUCAUUUCGCCCAUGAAGAGAACUUGAUUCUCAACUCGUCCAUCCAUGCUGGUAUCCGCGCCCAGGUCAUCGACGACUCCGACAUGCGCCACGACAAGGACUGCGGCUUCCACGUCAUCACGGCCCGAGACAUUGACUUUAUCGGCGUCCGGGGCAUCAUCGACCGCCUCCGCAAGAGAGUGGAACACACGCGCGUCUACAUUAGCAUCGACAUUGACGUGUUGGAUCCCGCCUUUGCUCCAGCUACCGGCACGCCUGAAGCGGGAGGCUGGUCUUCGCGCGAGCUUCUCACCAUUCUGGCCGGUCUUGACGGGCUGGAGAUUAUUGGAGGGGAUGUUGUCGAGGUCGCGCCGCCGUACGACAAUAAUGCAGCUACGACAGCGCUGGCGGCCGCCGAGGUCGCCUUUGCUCUCCUUGAGCUUAUGGUGUCUACACCCGUCAAAGUUUAG